UGGUCUUUGUGGUUGAAUCUGUGUUUGAAAUUCAUUGCUCGACUGAGGGACCUUACAGAUAACUGUAUGUGUGUGGUACAGCGAUGACACAGUCAUUAAAAAAAAUCAGGUGAAACACUAUUAUUGCACACAGAGUGUCUUGUAUAAGCAGGUCCAAUAAUGUCCACUUCACUUUCAUGGGCAUAUCACAUCAGCCAGCCUCAUCCCCUAUCAGCCCUCACUCACCUGCUUCUCUCUGUCCGCUCUUCCUGCGCGUCUAUUCCUUCCUCCCAUUCCUCCAGCUAAAUCACAGGUAGGCCUUUGCAAAUAUGAGCAAAUCAGCCAUUCUAUGCAGUAUUCUAUUAUACACUGAGGUUAAGUACAAUGUGUUGUAUCGAAGUAUGAAUUUCAGUGACAUGUUUUUGGAGAUAUUUUUGAAAAAUGUUAAUAACUUUCGAUGUGGUUUAGCACAGGAUGCUAAGCCACACAUUUUUUAUUUAUUUCCCCACCAUGGUAUUGUGAUACUAUUUGGUAUCGUGAUACUUGGCCUGGUAUUGUAUCGUUUGUUAAAUGUUGGUAUCGUGACAAAACUAGUUCAAAUAAAUUAUGCAAAAGAGGUGGCAAAAAAGUCAUGCUGCUCAGCUGAUUGGUUGACAUACUGUAAAUGUAGAUUUUUUUAAAAAUGUAUUUUUUUUUACAUAACUUACCAAACUAAGAUAAAUGACAUAAAACGCAAUGGAAAAAAGACUUGAGUACCUUAAAUGAUAUCAUGAGCAGAAAUCCCAAUUCUUCUCCAUCGCUCAUUUUGAUGGGUCAUUUAUAACAAAACCUUUUGAUAUUGCCAAUCAUUUCAAUGACUAAUCAGGACAUACAAACUACAACCUCUCCUUAAUUAGCCUAGUGUGCAUGUGGGCCCAGAUGUUGCACAUGUACACUAGGCCCGAGCUCGUUAUCCCUGGCUAAACCGUUCUUAUACCUCAGUGGGCUAAACUAGCUGGCUAGCUGAAAUAUGCCAAACUUCAUAAAUACUGCACCCUCAUCUUCAAAACUCCUUUGCUAGUGAUACAAUCAUGUAAUUAAGAAAUUAGCUGGGGAAAAACUUAUGUAUUGUUUUGUUGAAUAGUCAUAUCUGGUUUGAGAUGUCUGUCAUAAGACGACGGUGGUAAAGGAUAUCAUUGCUACUUAACGUGGAUCCAAGUUCAGUUUUGAGAUCCACCGGCAUCAUUGGCGUAGGGUUAGCUGGACGUUUCUGACUGGUCUUGGAACUGUGACAACGGGAAGCCUCCCCCCGCUCGGCUCGAUGGGAUAUGUAGGGAUUUUGCCAACACAGCCAGAUAUUUACAGUCCUGUACCCUUAACCUUUUUUCAACUGACUAUUAGUAUAAUGAGUAAUCCAGGAAUGUCACAAGUUAAUUGACACAAGAAAACUUGCGUAAAUAGCAACUCUACAGAUCGCUAUAACUACAAUGAAUGGCUAAAUUACUUCCGGACACUCUUAUGGUCAAGUCAUAAUGACAGAGUUGUUGUGAGGAUGGGGAGGGGUAUGUCUGUUGUUUUUGACACAAAUCAACUGUACUGUAAAAUCAGCUGUUAAGGGUCUGGUCUUGGCCCAUCCUGAUUACUGUCUGGUAAUAUGGUCAAGUGUAGCAAAGAAAGACCUAGCAAAGCUGCAGCUGGCUCAAAACAGAGCAGCACGCCUCGCCCUUAACUGCACAAACAGAACUAACGUCAACAACAUGCAUGCCAGUCUUUCAUGGUUAAGGGUUUUAUUUUUUAAAUGUUAUUUAACCUUUAUUUAACUAGACAAGUCAGUUAAGAACAAAUUCUUAUUUACAAUGACGGCCAAACCCUCCCAACCCGGAUGACAAUGGGCCAAUUGUGCGCCGUCCCUAUGGGACUCCCGAUCACGGCCGGUUGUGAUACAGCCCGGGAUCGGACCAGGGUCUGUAGUGAUGCCUCUUGCACUGAGAUGCAGUGCCUUAGACCGCUGCGCCACUCGGGAGCCCUAAAGGGUUGACGAGAGAUGAACUGCUUCUAUUCUAGUUUUCAUCCGAAGUAUUACUGUGAUGAAAAUUCCAGAUUGCAUAAUCAAAUAACAUUAAGCUCACACACCCAUACAUACCCCACAAGACAUGCCACCACGGGUCUCUUCAGUCCAAGUGCAAAACGAAUUCACGGCAAUGCGCAGUAUUAUACUGAGCCAUAAUCGCAUGGUACGCCCACCUCCAAUUACUCAAGCAUCUCAUUGACCAGCGUGGACUGUGGCGACACACAUACAGACACACCAUGUUUUAGUUGUAUUGUUUGUAUAUCGAAUUUUACAUUUGUGUGACUGUCCUUGUCUACCACUGUAUAAGUGCUUUGUUACUUGUCGUCCUUUGUGUUUUUUGUGGACCCCAGGAAGAGUAGCUGCUGCUUCUGCAAAAGCUGAUGGGGAUCCAAAUAACAAAUACAUAAGUGUCGUCUGCAUACAUGCCUUUCAAUGAUACACGUCCAAACCAAAUAGUGCCAACUAAAGCCAACCUUUACUAUUGCAGUCAGUAGACAUGGAGGAUGGGAAGCCUGAUCUGCUGCUGGUCAAACAGGAGACAAUAGAAGAUGGACCAGAGAGCAUUGACCUGCUGAGUGGACUAAAGAUGGGGGAGCAAGGUGGUUGGCUAGAGCCUAACAAAGGAGACUGGGUGGCCAUCUUGGAUUCCCAGACCAGUGCAGCCAAUGUCCCAGGUGAUGACAUCUCUGAGCAGGCAAAGACCAGAAGUGACAUAGUGGAGGUCAGUGGAUGGGACAGCAUCCUCAACUCUGGGCUGGGGAACAACACUGUUAACCACAACCAGAAACGGACAGUCGAACACAAAACAACAUCCGGAUUUAGUCUCCAUGACAACAGAUUGGCUGCGACCAGGACGAAGCAUAGAUUUGGUCCACGGCGGGGACGAGGAAGUGUCCGAAUGCGGCAGGAGAGAACAGACACAGACUCAGCUAGCGAUGCUCCGUCCUGCUCCUAUAGUUGUGAUUCAGAGAGACUGAUGGCGCCUCAGGUUAACCCCCUAACAGGUGCUGCCUUCAGCCUGCCUUCUAUAGGAUCUAUCAACUGGAACAUGGACCCUGGGACAACACAGACACUCCCUGACCUUCAUCCUCCUCACACUCUCCUAAUGUUAAAUCAGACCUCAGACAAUGCCAGUGCCUCAACACUAAAUGGCCACACAAGACCAUUGACAAAUGACAGUAGUAGAGACUGAAUCAGCAGAGGUGGCGGCGCCAAAGAGAAGCGAUUCUCGUGUUCAUUCUGUGGGAAAGCCUUCAGUUUCCCCCAACAGGUGGAAAUCCAUCAGAGGAUGCACAUGGGGGAGAAGCCAUUUGGCUGCCACCUGUGCCGGGCCAGUUUCUCCCACUCGUCCAACCUGAAGAGGCACCAGAGGGUCCACACAGGGGAGAAACCUUUCGGCUGCCACUUGUGCCAGGCCAGUUUCUCCCACUCGUCCAACCUGAAGAGGCACCAGAGGGUCCACACAGGGGAGAAACCCUGCAGCUAUCCCAGUGUGAGAAUAAGUUCUCCCACCAGCACCAGCUGAAGAUGCAUCUGAAGAUCCACAAGGGAGAGAGGCCGUCAGAGAGGAGCUACCUCAGGAUACACCAACAGGAAAUGCACAUGGCCCAUGAAUAGUGGCAUGUAGUAGUACUAGUUAGUUUGUAGUUAAUUCUGUUGGUUUUGGAUGUAGUAGGGAACUGGAUGAGGUGAACUGAGGAAAUAAUGAGUAUGAUGAGGCAGAAUAGAUGAUAUGGUGUCUGUAAAAAUACUUCACUGAUGAAGUGUCAACUUUGUUCUGUUUGAUACUGGUGUUUUAUAGUGAGAUAAUGAUAGUGCCUUAAUUCACUUUACUUGACAUGAAGUACUGAAGAUGUAUGUAGUGUGCAAUUCCACGGUAACAGUGAUGCUGAUAAUCAAUCAAAUGUAUUUAUAAAGCCCUUUUUACAUCA